GCGACGGCGACGGCGCGGGCUCUUGGCGAGGAGGAACUCAGACAUGACCAGGAAGAUCUUCACAAAUACCAGGGAGCGCUGGAGGCAGCAGAAUGUCAACAGCGCCUUUGCCAAGCUGAGGAAGCUCAUCCCCACUCACCCUCCGGACAAAAAGCUGAGCAAAAAUGAAACGCUUCGCCUGGCAAUGAGGUAUAUCAACUUCUUGGUCAAGGUCUUGAGGGAGCAAAGCCUGCAACAAACAGGAGUGUCUGCUCAGGGAAACUUUCUGGGGCUCUUCCCUCAAGGACGUCCCCUGCCGGGCCUGGAGGACAGGACUCUGCUUGAGAACUGCCAGGUUCCUUCACCUGGCCCAAGCCACCACAUUCCUUAGUGUGGCUCUGGCUGUCAUCUCCCCGGGCAGCACUUGCUCAGAAAUCACUGGCUGUGGACAGACGUUUGCACGGUCCAGAGUUGACUUGAUGAUAACUCGUGAAGCAUGAAUUUAAGCUUCCUGGGAGGUGGCACAGGGACAGCUACAGGGAGCUGAAAGGAGCCAUGAGGAAUGUCACUGGUGGGCUGCCCACCAGCCAGGGAUGUCAGGUAGAGCAGCCUACCUCUGCCUAUUUUAAGUCCAGGUUCUGCAUAAGACUUUUGGAUAAAAAAUUCUAAGUAAGAAAAAAAAAAAGGGU